UUCACCGAUACAGCAUUCAUCGUAGCGGUCGCACGUGUUUACUUCGGUUUUUAAACUUGGAGAAGACUCAAGCCGAAAUAUACAUAUAUAAGUCAAAAUGCCGCGCUCGAAACGUGAUAAGAAAGUUUCCUUGACCAAAACCGACCGCAAGGGUCUUGCAUGGAAGCAACGCAUCAUCGACGACAUCCGAUUUUGUGUGGAGAAGUAUCCAAAUAUAUUUGUUUUCCAGGUGCAGAAUAUGCGCAACAAUUUGUUAAAAGAUCUACGGCAAGAAUGGAAACAAAAUUCUCGUUUCAUUUUUGGCAAAAACCGCAUAAUGCAAAUCGGCUUGGGUCGCACAAAGGCCGAGGAAGUUGAGAAAGGAAUACAUAAGCUUUCAAAACGCCUGACUGGUCAGGUGGGUCUGCUAUUCACGGAGAAGAGCAAAGAAGAAGUACUAAAGUGGGCAGAUAAAUAUUGGGCUGUGGAAUAUGCUCGCAGCGGGUUCACAGCAACGGAGACCGUUACCCUGCCAGCUGGACCUCUGGAGGAGUUUGCACACUCAAUGGAGCCGCAUUUGCGAUCACUGGGUUUGCCCACUAAACUGGAGAAGGGCAUUGUGACUUUAUACAGCGAUUAUACGGUCUGUGAAAAGGGCAAAGUGCUGACUCCGGAGCAAGCGCGAAUCCUAAAAUUGCUGGGCAAGCCCAUGGCCAAGUUUCGCUUGACCAUGAAGUGCUCAUGGACAAAGGCUGACGGCUUCCAACUGCACGUUAAAGAUGAUGAGCAGGAGCCAAAUAAAGAAACAGAUACCCCCAUGGAAGAGGACGAAGAUGAAGAGGAGGAGGAGGAGGAGGAGGAUGACGAUAAUGCAGACGAGGAUAUUGAUGAAGAGUAAUUAGCUAAGAUUUCAAUUAGAAAUUAAGUUUUAUGAAUAUGUAUAUAAUAAUUAUAUAUAUAGCUAUUACAA